AGGUGAAGGAAAAGCUGCCGUCCAGGUUUGAGGAUGUCUGUUACCGUAGCUAUUGCGGAGCCGGGUGAGCAUACGGAGGGACCACACUGGGACCACCGCACCAACACACUGAUGUACGUCGACCUCCUGGACCAGUGUGUAUGCCGAUGGGACCCGGUCACUGGGCGAAAGGGCAAACUGAAAAUAGACUGUAGCCCCGGCUGCGUGGUUCCCCGGGCGUCAGGAGGAGCCGUGGUGGCCGCCGGGACCAGGUUUGCCGCCCUGGACCUCCAGACCGGGCAGCUGACGACACUGGCGGAGGUCAACCGCGACAAACCUACCAACAUCUUCAACGACGGCAAGUGUGAUGCAGCCGGCAGACUCUGGGCAGGCACGAUGGGGAAAGACUCCGUCUUCGGAAAGUUCGAGUUUGGCGCAGGGUCCCUGUUCUGUCUGAACGCCGACCGAACUGUCACAAAGGCACUUGGCGGAGUGAGUAUCUCUAACGGCCUGGCGUGGUCCCCAGAUAACACCGUCAUGUACUACAUCGACUCGCUCCAGUUCAGCGUGGAUGCCUUCGACUUUGACUUGUCCACAGGAACACCGACAAAUCGUCGUAAAGUUUUUACGUUCGACCCGGCUACCUCCGUCCCCGAUGGGAUGACGAUUGACUCCGACGGCCACCUGUGGAUAGCCCUGCUUCACGGUGGACAGGUGGUACAGGUGGAUCCUAACACAGGUACCCAGCUCCGCGCUGUGAAGUUCCCCACAGACCGGGUCACGUCCUGCUGCUUCGGCGGGCCGAACCUGGACGUCCUGUACGUCACCAGUGCGCGGGUCAACAUGUCGGCGGAGCAGACCCUUCAGCAGCCCCUGUCCGGGUGUGUCUUCCAAGUCACCGGGCUUGGCGCUAAGGGGAGACCGGGGAUGUCCUACAUGGGUUGAACCAGACUAUAUAGAGAUAAC